AUAGUGGGGUUCGACCUUGAAGACAGGAAAAGUCGGGAGUGGAUUAUCGACGUCGUUGUCGUCGUUGGUUGUGGGGGUGAAGAGUGAGAGUGAGAGGAGAGACUGGUUGCUAUGGCAAAGACAUGGUUUGGGACGGUGACCCGGUUGACCAAUCAGAUGUCUGCACGCUGGUCACACUAGCCCUUUCCAGAAAAAGCACAAAUAUCCACGAUCCCCUCACAACGCUGGCGACAGAGACGAAAACAUUCUCCAGCGUCCUUAAUAGUCUUCCGAAUCGCAUCUCCAUCUCCAGUUCUUCUCUUCUCUUCUCGCCUCUCCAGUCCGUCUCGCUGUCGUCGACCAUUAUCUAUACGCAACACACGGAGAAGGGUUAUGCAUUGUUUAUCCUCCCUUUCAACCUCGUCCACGUAACGAUACCGAUACUGAUACUGAUACCGCAUCUCCCUGCCCAUUGUUACUGCCGCCGCAUAGAGUCUCUCUCCAGCCGCUCGCAUUACCUCACCAUUACCCUUAUAAUAUCAUCACUGAGAAGGAAUUGGCAUCGACGACUUGUCUCGGUCCCAGAUACCACGCAAGAACGCCGAAGAUGACUCCUGCCGUAAAAUAUGGGCAAAUCAUCGAGUAUAUCCCAGACCGAUUGUAUUUAGCAUCCUACACCACCCCGCCGACGCCCGACACCCUCUUUCCAUACCCCGAUCAACAACCUACU